AUGUCAUUUGUAUAUAAAAUAUUGGAAAAGUUACAACAUUUCCAGUACUGUGACACACCUUUAGUAGCGCGCGGGGCGUCGCGGGAGGGUAGUGGGAGUGUCGGCUCGGUCAAAGGGCCCUUUGAUGUUUGCCGCCGGCUUAAUGCACCGCCCGCGGGCCCCGCUCCGCUCAUCAUUAGCAAUUUCCCCGUCAUACAAUGUGGCAUGUCAUGUUCGCUCACAUUAACUGCGAAUGUAGCGAAAUCAAUCAGGGCCGCGGAAGGCGUGAGAGCGGCGGCAGAUCAAAGACUCGCCGCCGGUGGA